GAGAAUAGUUGUCCUCUUCUCAAACAUAACUCAACUUACCGUUUGAAACUAAACUAUUAUAAAGAGAAAUCAAAAAGAAGAAAAGACCACCAAACAAAACACAAAACAAAGAAAAAAAUAUUUUAACAAAAAUGGCUGCCAAAGCAAUCGUCUUCUCUCUCUUUAUCGUCUCCACCGUGUGUUUGUCCUCUCUCGCCGGUUUUACUGCCGCAGAUGCUGAUGAUUUUGACAUUUUCCAGAUUCAGGGAUCAGUUUACUGUGACACUUGCCGUGUCCAGUUCGUUACCCGUCUCAGCCAAUUCCUCGAAGGGGCGAAAGUGAAGUUGGAGUGCAGAAGCAGAACAAACGGAACCCUAACGUUGACCAAAGAAGCCGUUACCGACAAAUCAGGAAGCUACAAGAUUGAAGUAACCGGUGACCACGAAGAAGAAGUUUGCGAGCUCGUGUUGGUCCAAUCACCGGACAGUGGUUGCAGUGAUGUCAGCAAAGAGGCUUAUUUACGUAACGCCGCUAAGAUCAGUUUAACGGCGAACGACGGAAUCGUCUCUCACGAGACACGUAUCGUUAACCCACUCGGUUUCAUGGUUAAGACCCCGUUAGCUGAUUGUCCCGCUGCUUUCAAGGAACUCGGUAUUGUCCCUGACGUCAUUUUCUAAGCGAAUAAACAAAAUAUAUGACGUGAGAGAUUUUUAUUUUGUAUUUGCUUCAUCUUCAAGGGGUUUUCACCAAGUUUAACGAUUAUUUAUUAUUAUGAAUUAAUAUCCUCCUGAUUUGUUGAUGUUAAUUUCUCGAUUUUUGUUUUGUUUAAUUUGAAUGGUACCUUGUU